AUGCCGACACGAGUGACCAAAACCACUCGUGAAUCUCAGACCGCAAGACGCGUCCAGCCCAAACCCAAGGUCCUGCCGCGGGUCGAGCGAACCAACGCACUAAACAUCAACGAGUUCGUCUCGCUAUACAUAUCACCGCCAAAAACAGCGAUUGAAUCAACUCCAACAAACCUCGCGACAAAUCCAGCAGAAAUAUCACUCCAAGAUGUGGCGGCACACACGCCAUUAGAAGUGUACUCCGCAAAAUCAAUCCCCACUGCAGCCCUAGAAGCAUGUCUGGACCUAAUCGAGCUGACUUCGGGCUCAGCAUACGCAGCCUCGGGAAUAGGCUGGUCGCGCUCAAAAAAGCGCAAAGAAAUGCAACUGCCCGAUAUGAAAUAUCUCAUAUUGCGGGGCGUAGCGGAAACCGAAGAGCCAAAUGUGAAUGUGAAUGUGAAUGUAGAGCCGGAUUUUCGCACUGUGAUCGGGUUCUUAUCAUUCAUGGUCACGUAUGAAGAUGGGAAGGAGGUUGUCUACUGCUACGAGAUCCAUUUGUCGCCGACGGUCCGGGGGCGCGGGCUUGGGAAGUUGCUUAUGGGUCGGAUGGAGGAGAUAGGUCGACUUGUCGGGUUGGAGAAGGCUAUGUUGACUGUUUUCCGAUCUAAUGAGGCAGCUCGUGAGUUUUAUAAGCGGGGUGGGUAUGAGGUUGAUGAGUUUAGUCCCCAGCCCAGAAGGUUGCGAAAUGGUACGAUUAAGGAAUGGGAUUAUUUGAUCCUGUCGAAACGGUUGUAA